AUGAACGACAAUUUUCAAUCAGUACCACCGCCACCAUACAUGGAAGUAGUAGAGAAAUCUGCUCCUCCUAUGCCUAGCGGACGAGCAGCAAUGUAUUCUGUAUCACAACAAGAACAACCUGGUGAAAUCAAAUAUCCAUCAGCUAAUCAAUCUAUACCGAUAGCUUAUGCGGUGCAAGUUGCUCCUAUGAAUUCAUUUAGUAGAAAUCCAGUUCAAUGUAGUUGUCCAAAUUGUCGAGCAAUGAUUGUUACACGUGUUGAACAAAAAAAUGGAUUAUUAACAUGGCUUCUAUGUCUUUUUUUGAUUAUAUUUGGUUGUUGGCUUGGCUGUUGCCUUAUACCAUUUUGUAUAUCAGAUUUACAAAAUGUUCAACAUUAUUGUCCAAAUUGUAAUGCUUUUAUUGGUGAAUAUCGUCCACUAUAG